AUGGCUCGUCCUCGUCCACUUCAACUUGCUUCGGGGACCCCCAGGUCCUCUGACUAUCAGAACCUCACCCCACGGACGCCACACUCUCGCGCUGGACGAGCAGAAGAAGCAUUCAGCGACAUUGAACUUACCGACAUCCAUGAGGCCGACGAGGACUACCAAUCACCGCAACAGCAGCAAUCCAAACCUCUCCUUACCUCGUCGAGGGAUGGGUAUCGCAGUCGAGGCGACGAGUACGACGGGAGACACCAUCCCGGAAUGGGGCAGAAACGCUGGACGUUCGCUCGCGUGGUGUCGUUGCUACCACUCAUUCUCGGUGUUUUAACGGGAGUAUUGCUUCUUUUCCUCAUUUUUGCUUCCGUUCAGCGGCCGGAUACUUUGCACAAAAUUGUCGGCGCAAUUCCGCCCAGCGAGGGAGCCGUAGACGUGGUACAACCCCCAGCCCAACAAGACGACCUGGUUGUCAGCUCAGUAUCACCCUCGCCCAUAUCGACGGUGCAACCAUCACAACACGCUAGCUCCACCACGACACAUACAGCGAACUUGGAAAAUCUCAUUUCGUACGAGAAUUAUACGAUAUUCCCUCUCAAACCGGACGAAUAUCGCGCGGAAUGCAGCAAACACAACUCUGGGUUCAUGAAGCAUCUCGGCGGGUUCUGGGAUGUACCCAUGCAUGGACCGGUUGACGUGCCCCACGAAGAGAAUGACAGAGUGUGCAAAAGUACGAUAACGUAUAUGUUGGAUGGGAAAGUUGGGUUACUGGCCGAUUUGGCUUUGAUGGCGCAGGUCGCUGCGAUGGCUCGUGAAAGAAAUAGGACAUUCUUUGUGGAUGACACGUAUUGGGACCGUGGCAAAUGGGCAGACUACUUCAUAGACGUACGGAAGAGUCAACCUGGCGAAGAGCCAGGCUGCCUUCCUCCACCCCCAAAUGAACUUGUCGCUUGUCCUCGUGGCGCUCGGCAUUGGGUCAUCAACUCAAGGACAGCCAAAUAUCAUCUUGGGCACCCCUUCUCAGAGACAUACGAGAACGCGUAUGGCCAUGGGCUACAUCGACUAAAGCCAAUAUUCAACAUGGCCCGAGAAUCCUUCUCAAACACCAUAUUGCCCAACGAACGAAUGCGACAUCUCAUAAACGUUGCUCGAGAUGCCUUUCAAAAGAAGAUGGCUGGCGCCGGCGCGUCGAGUUCGUAUCUGGGUGUUCAUAUUCGAAAGGGCGAUCGCAAGGCGUCUUCAUGGAAGUAUCAUGGCCAAUACCUCCCUACAUUCGAAUACGUUAGCGCGGUUGUUAAUACCUGGCCUCGAGUCAGCCCGCCGAGUACAGCGAAUCCGAUCGACAGCAUACCAUCAAACCCAUUUAUUUACCUCGCAUCUGACUCGCCUGAAGGUGAACGCGAGUUCACUUCAUCUGUUCACGCAGAAAAUGUCUUCUCCUUGGCUGGGAGUCAAAAUCCCGAACUCGGAGCCCUCGCAAGCCCUAUGGAUUACGUACAAAGCGAAUUCGAUCAACUGAACCUCCCGGAGAGGGCCGCAGCCACCAAGGGGAUGAUCGUCGAUUUCGCCUUGGUCAGUGGGAUGUGGGCCGCGGACGAUGGAUUCGCGCCCGAAGCGACUAUUUGUGGAAUCUCGUCCUCAGUGUGUCGAUUGUCCGCUGUUGCGCUAGGGUGGGAUCGCGCCUUCGGCGAGCUGGGCUCCAUGGGAGACAUCGACGAGACAGGCAAGCGAUGGGUCGAAAUCGACGAGCACGGCACCAUCGUACCUGUGUGGCAACCCUUCGAGCUGUUCAGAUAA